UUGAAAUUACUACGUUCCCCAACAGGAGACCCAAAUACUUCUUCGACAACUUUUCAUUCUGCACAUCUAGAAUUUGCUUCACAUCUUGUCUCAACGAAUCAGAACAACCCUUACUAAAAAAAGAUAGAAAACUUAUCUUUAUUCACCCGCUGUCCGGAAGCAUCACAAUAUUUUUUUCAGCAAAGAAUCAACCCUUGUAGCCAUGUCAGGGAUAGCAUUAAAGAAAAGUAGACUGUCGUCCGCAAAAAGGAGAUGGUUCACUUUUGGAGCCUCAUGAGCCACUUUGAUGCCACACAAUUUCUUCGCGGAAACAAAGUUCAACAAUGCGAGCUUCGACCUCUUUUUCUUGUGCAUUCGGCGCCGUCCUAAUUGGUACUGCACGUAGUAUCUCGAGCCGGCUGCGAAGCUGCCGUAGCUCCAUACGGACCGAGCCAAAAUUAAGUGGCUCGUCCCCAGCGCUGCAAACAUCCUGCAACUGUAGAUAGCUUUUCUGAAAAUCAUGUUUUUAGUGGUAAUUAAUCAUGUUUGUUAGUUGUGCAAGUGUUGCCUCUUUAUUCAUCACAAUUCCCGACAAUAUCCAAGUCCAGCUACAAUCUGGCACAACCCGAUUAUAUACGUACCGGGCCAGGCCCAUCACAGACCAGGCACGCCAGGACGGGCCCAUUUGGCCAGGUUUGGACUCGACCGGACCGAAGCGAACGAAGCGCGCGAGCCACACUCUGCGGCGGCCGCUGCCCUCUCGCUCAUCUCACUCCCCGAGGUGGCGGCUGCCCCAGCGCCGCCUCCUCCCCGUCGACCACCUCCGGCCGGGCUGCCUCCCCGCUUCUCCACCGCCGAGCAAGGAGCAACCCCUGCUCCGCCCCGCUUCUCCAGCCCUGCUUGUUCGAUUAGCAGCUGCACCGCCGCCUCCCCGUUCCCCAGAAAGGUCCAGCUUGAUUCGAGCUUCCUGGACAGCCACGAGGCAUGCCUUGGCCGCCGUUGAGCAGAAUGCCGCCGGUGGCUGCGGCGGCGACAGAGUGCCGUCUCAGCGGAGAAGGGAGUAUCAAGCGAGACAUCAUCAUCAACCCGAGCAAAGGUCGCAGGUGCCGCGUGCUACCUGCUGGCACGCCACACACUGCAAGCAGUGGGAGGGCCCAGGACACCCACCCUCCUGCACAAUGAUGCUCCAAGGAAAUUCAACCAAGCCUUUGAGCUCUCCAAUCCCGACGCCUUCUUCCAAAGCUACUCGGUCUGCCGUGACACCAUCCAUCAGAUGCUCGCGCAGACGCCGCUCCUCCGCGACAUCGACCUUGCUGCCGACAACUGGGACUGCUACCUUCCCCAUGAUCUGGCCAAGUUCAUGGCGGACGGGUCCCGCCGUGACACCGACGAGCACGAUGGCGUCACCCUCCGCUACAACAUGGAAAUGUCUUUGACCAUCUGGGUGGAGGUCAUCUACAGAGAGCCCAAGGCGCUGCUCCUGGCGUGCGACGAGCGUGCCACGGUGACUCGAUGCCUAUUCGCAGCAACGCCGACCGACUGCCCUAUAUGCAUGGAGGAUUUCGCCAGCGACGACAGUGACACCACCGUGAGGGUGAGGCUGCCGUGCUCCCACUGCUUCCACCGCGGCUGCAUCUUGCCGUGGUUCUACAAGGUGGCCAAGUGCCCAAAGUGUCGCCAUGACUUGGGCAAGUACCUUGUCGCCGCCACCGACACCCCAAUGGGUAAGUUCCCUGGACGACUCUGAUCGGUCGAUCCGAAGCAUGAUGUUCCAAGGAUCAAGGGUACUAACCGUGCUAUCAGGCUAUGCAAUCCUAUACAUGCUUACGAAUCCUGCAGCCGCGAGCAGAUAGAGACUAGUUGAUGAUAUAACAUGUAGAGGAUGACUUGUAUAUGCAGUGACUCUCUUCUUAGUAUCAUGUGGUCAAAUGGAUCAUCUUUUGGUAUCUACCGGUCAAUUGGACCCUCGGCAAAAUCCAACUGCUGGUGUUUCUUCUGGACAGCAAGUGUGUGCUGUAGUGGGUUUCAUUCAGAGGGCAAAUACGUAAACCUGGCAUUGAAUGGCUUAGCCAGGCUUCAGGUGCGCAUUUUUUGCCUCGUGGUUUUGGUUUACAAGAUCAGAUAGUGCCUCUGCAUGCUUUUGUGCUGUGAAAUGAUUAUUUUGUUAUCCUGUUAAUCAUCUUGCUGUAAUUGCCAAAUAGUAUAUGCAGUAGAUUGUAAAAUUUAUCAAGCAUAUAUCCUCUUCCAUUUCAUCAUCUAAUAAGUUCAGCACGGCAAGAGCCAGAAAGCAGUUAGAAGACAAACUAGCUAGUACAUAA